AUCCACUACUGUAUGUAAUCGCUGUCAAAAUGACAAUGAUAAGAUAUUUGUCUACCGUAGGUUUAUGCAAACAAGUAAACUAUUCAGAAACACAGUAUCGAUUCACGAAAGAACUCGACACCGCAUUUUUUUCAUCAGCCAGCAAUCGUCAGCUUUCAGGCUCUUGAUACUGUAUGUUUGUUUUCCCAGAUACCGACUGGUAAAUCCUUGUCGUUUUAAGCUCCCGAUUCGGUACAUGUUUGAUGUACAUACAGUACAUACUCUUUCUAAUCCUAGUAUGCUAUGCAUAUACAUAUUUCUGGUUCAAAGCACAGUUUAUGGCAACUCCUUCUGAUCUUGUCCGGUUUGCGAGCAACUUGUUAUCAAAUGAUCCACAUGAAGGGCAAUGCGAUCAGAAUCCACA